AUUUCACAUUUCUCUUUCAGAAGCCUAACAUGGGAAUGGGGAUGAUUUUGGACAGUGCGGUUGGGAUGUUUCCUCACAAAAUUGCACCUUUGUUGCAACUAUUAACUGCUCUUCUUUCAAACAAGACUACCGUCAAAAAGGUUUACAACUUUUUAGAUAAGAUGUCAUUGUACACAGAAAUUCACAAACAUAAACCCAAUGACAUAAUCGCCCAGGAUGAUGAAACACUGUGGAGAAGGAGGACACCAAAACUGCUUUAUCCUCUUGGCUCUGGGCAGACAAACCUGUGGCUACCUCAGGGUGUGCGAGGCCAGGUCCUGAUGAGGCCUGAGCAGGACUAUGUGGUGCGCUGGGACUAUUCCUACAGUGCCUGGGCUCUGUUCACAUGUGAGGUGGAGAUGCUGCUCCAUGUUGUUUCCACUGCAGAUGUUCUUUCGCAUUGUACUCGUGUGAAGCCGAUCCUAGACCUAGUCCAUAAAAUCAUAAGCACAGAUUGGUCUGUGUCAGACUGUCUUCUCCCGCUCACUUCCCGCAUCUACAUGCUUUUACAGAGAUUGACAUCAGUCAUUAGUCCCCCAGUAGAUGUAAUUGCAUCAUGUGUCAACUGCCUGUCUGUUUUGGCUGCAAGGUUGCCUGGAAAGGUGUGGUCAAGUUUACAGCACACAGGUUUUUUACCAUUUGCAUCAAAUGCACUGACCUCCAUGGCUCAGUGUGUAAGUGCUGAGGGGAUGAAAGCAGGCAACUACGGCAACCUGUUGGUUCAGAUUGAGCAGCCAAGAGGGGAGUAUCCUGUGACUAUCGCCUUUCUACGACUUAUUACAACUCUAGUUAAGGGUCAGCUUGGAAGCACACAGAACAGUGGUCUAAUACCUUGUGUGCUGUUGGUGCUAAAGGAAAUGCUCCCCACUUAUCACAAGUGGCGAUAUAACACCUAUGGAGUACGUGAGAGAAUUGGCUGUCUAAUAUUGGAACUUAUCCAUGGCAUUCUCAAUCUGAGCCCUGAAGGAGAGAGCCAGGGCAGCACUCCUACUUUGCAGUCCCUAUGCAUCUACAGUUUGGCAAACACUGAGGCUGGUCAAGCCAUUGUCAAUAUAAUGGGAGUUGGUGUGGAUACUAUAGAUGUGGUACUGGCUGCACAGCCUAGCAGUGGUGGGUCUGAGGGUCCAGGCCAGAUCCUUAUUCAAACUGUGAAACUGGCUUUCUCUGUGACAAACAAUGUAAUACGCCUGAAACCUCCGACUGAUGUGGCCUCGCCUCUUGAGCAAGCUCUGACACAACAUGGUGGGCACGGCCACAACCUUGUAGUUGUACUUGCAAAGUACAUUUACCAUAAACAUGACCCAGCACUACCUCGACUUGCCAUCCAGCUCCUCAAGCGCCUUGCUACUGUGGCUCCCAUGUCAGUUUACGCUUGUCUUGGUAGCGACGCUGCAGCUAUCCGGGAUGCUUUCCUCAUACGACUGCAGAGCAAAACAGAAGACAUGAGGAUCAAAGUCAUGAUUCUGGAGUUUCUUACUGUUGCUGUGGAAACUCAACCAGGCCUGAUCGAACUCUUUCUUAACUUAGAAGUCAAAGAUAGUAGUGAGGGUUCAAAGGAGUUUCUCCUGGGAGAAUGGAGCUGUCUCCAUGUGGUUUUGGACCUAAUUGACUCAAAACAGCAAGGAAAAUACUGGUGUCCACCUCUACUCCACAGAGCAGCUUUGGCCUUUCUUCUCGCUCUCUGGCAAGAUCGCAGGGAUAGUGCCAUUUCUGUACUCAGAACCAAGGAAAGGUUUUGGGAAAAUUUGUCCACGCCCUUAUUUGGGAGUCUUCCUCCUCCUUCAGACACAGCAGAGCCCUGUGUGCUUGAGACUUGUGCGUUUGUCAUGAAAAUACUUGGACUUGAAAUCUAUUACGUUGUGAGUAGCUCUUUGGAAAAAACUCUUAAGGAUAGUCUCCAGAGGUUUUCCAACAGUCGGCGCUACGAGUAUUGGUCUCAUUAUGUCAAAUCUCUGGUGUGCCAUGUCGCAGAGAUGGAGGAGGAGGGUGUGUGUUAUUUUGCGGAAACACAAAUGUUGAUUGCAGCCUGGAGAAUGCUGCUUAUUCUCUCCACCACUCAUUCUGAAGUGAUGCAUUUAACUGAGGAUUCAACCAAGCUUAAACUAUUUAUGGAUGUUUUGGAUGGAGCUAAAGCUGCACUUACAACACCCACAUCUGUACCUUGUCUACGUCUCGGAUCCAUGAUGGCCACUCUACUACUCAUUCUCCUCAAACAGUGGAAAAGUGUGGUAGCUGCUGCGCCCGAUGUCCUCUGCCCUCUCUCACUCAUUCUGGAAAGUGUCCUGCAAGCUGACCAGCAGAUGAUGGAGAGGACCAAAGCCAAAAUCUUUUCUGCUCUGAUAUCUGUGCUACAAAUUCAAGGCCUCAACGGAGGAGAGAUUGCUCUGCUGCCUCAACUUUUACUGUCCGUCUGUGAAACCGUAAAAGAUGAAUCCUUGGCUCUCAUUGACAAUACUCGUUUACUGCGCCAAGCGGGAGAGAGCUUGGAUGAUGAAGAUAGUAUGGAAACCGACUCUCCUCGUAGCCAACAGAAGGAUCGGAGAGACGGGGUUUGUGUACUUGCUCUGCAUUUAGCAAAGGAACUGUGUCGCAGUAAUGAAGAUGGGGAACAGUGGGUUUCGGUGAUGAGGAAAGUGCCAGUGCUGCCUUCUGUUCUCAGUGCCCUGGAGCUCAGCCUGAGAUCCAAGCACAACCUCUACUUUACUGAGGCUGCCCUUCAUCUGCUGCUAACAUUGGCUCGGACUCCACAGGGGGCUGCAGCAGUUGCUGGUGCUGGCAUAACUCAAACCAUCUGUCUGCCUCUCCUCAGUGUAUAUGAAGUGUCUACUGUAUCCCAGAGUUUCUCACGCAGGUCCCAAGACUCUGCAUGCUGGCCCGGUGUCUAUCGUCUGUGCAUGUCCCUGAUGGAAAGUCUGCUCAAAACUCUCCGUUACACUUUCAUCAAUGAAGCCUUGGACUUUGUUGGAGUGCACCAAGAACGCAUACUACAGUGUCUGAAUGCAGUUCGAACAGUGCAGAGCUUGGCUUGUUUGGACGAGGCGGAUCACACUGUUGGCUUCUUGCUUCAACUUUCAAACUUCUGUAAGGAGUGGCAGUUCCACUUGCCCAAACUUCUUAGUGACAUACAGACAAAUCUGUGUUACCUGUGUCAGACGUGCACAUACCUGCUCCACAGCAAGAAAAUGCUCCAUCACUACCUACAGGCAAAAAAUGGUGAGGCAUUGCCCCCGGGUCCCCUCCCACGGACUAGCCGGCUGCCUCCGACCCUCUCUAAAGACGCACCCAGUGGAGGGGAGAGAGAGGAGGUGGAGCAGAAAGCCCUCUUGGCUGUUCAGUGCAGUCUGCUCAAGAUCCUCAGCAAGACAUUAGCAACACUACAGCAUUUUACUCCAGACUGCUGCCAGAUCCUUCUGGAUCAGUGCAUGGACCUGGCAGAAUAUAGGAUCUUAUUUGUGCUCAGUUUCACUACUCCUGCAUUUGACCCAGAUGUCCCUCCUUCCUUUGGGACUUUGCUGGCCACCAUUAAUGUUGCUUUGAGCAUCCUGAGUGAGAUGGAUAAGAAGAAAGAACCAGCCUCCUUGAGUAUUGUGUCACUUGUUUCAUCAGAGGAGAUCCAAGCCUUAAAGUCAUUGCUUAUAUUUACAAUGGAGAACUGUUUCUAUGUGCUGAUCUCCCAAGCUGUUCGAUGUCUCAAAGACAGCUCUAUCCCUCCUAGAGACAAACAGCGACUCAAACAGGAACUCAGCUCUGAACUGAGUACACUUCUAUCAAGCUUGUCUCGACACUUUCGUAGAGGUUCUCCCUCCUCUCCUGCCAGUGGUUUUCCUUUGAGUCAAACCAAAGCUGCUACUCCCAAAAGCAGUCAUGAGGGACAGGAGCCUUUUAUCCAGCUGGUCCAAGCCUUUGUCAGACUUGUACAGAGAUAACUUAUGUCAGUCACAUAAAGUAAAGCAACUUGGGAUGCGCAUGUAUUGUCUUUGUCUAGACUAUAACACUGCAAGUAAUGUCUAAGUAAUUUGACAGACUUACUGCAAGUAGACUACCAUGUUUCUGUAUCUUUUUCCAUAUUACAACUAAUAGUUGCUGACUAGAGUGAUUUUCAUAAGGCCUAGUUAUAUAGGUCAGUGGGCAUCAGAAACAGUUGACUGAUGUUGCUGUAAAUAUACACAAAUGUUCCUUUUGUAUUGUCCACCCUAUGUAACUUGUAUUUUUAUAAUUGUUUCUAAACCCACUUAAAGAAGCUACCAAAAACGUGCCUAGAUUUGUCAUAAUAAAGCAACUUUUCUAUCAGCAA